AUGGUUCGGGCGCCGCCAGCCAGAACCGGCGACCGUCGACCACAACACCCGCACAGUCUCAAACGGAGCCGAUCGAGAUCGAUGCAUAGAGCCGAGGAAACGAUCAACAUUAUACAGUACAACGUGCACAAAAGCAAGGACCAGGUCAUGCGAGCGCUGAACGCGGUGCUCCGACCGGACUACCACCACAUAGUCGCGAUUCAAGAACCGUGGAGAAACCCACGGAUGCACACGACGAUACGCCCGGCGAAUUACGAACUCGCCUACCCCUCGAACGCCAAGACUCGCGCAUGCUUCUACGUGAGCAAGCACCUCGACGCGCAACGAUGGAAAAUCACGGAGCGCAGCCCGGACCUCAUCACGCUCAGUAUCGAACUGGAGGACCGGAAGCUCCACAUUCACAAUUGCUAUAACGAGCCUCCGCGGUCGACGACCAGCCAAGCCCGAGGGGUCCUCGACCUGCUCCCGGCAGCACUAGCGGAGCCAGGAGAGCAUCUCCUGGUGGGGGAUUUCAACCUCCACCACCCGUUCUGGGGAGGAAGCACCGUGCUGGUCCAGCACGCCCUCGCCGACGCGCUCAUCGACAUUACAGAACAGGCACAACUCCAGCUCACCCUUCCGCCCGGAACCGUAACGUGGCAGAGUCGACAGAGCGAGAGCACGCUGGACCUUGCAUUCGCCACGGAGUGGAUCGCUCAGAGGCUUCUACAGUGCCAACCGCACGAGGAGGUCAACUCCGACUCCGACUACAUCCCGAUCAUCACCUCCAUCCUCGCAGCUCCGAUUGCAAGACGAGAACCCAGAGCGCAACGAGCAUGGAAGAGAACAGACUAG